CAAUCUUGUCCUUCUCAAGCAACUUCCCCUGUUACCUCUCAUUAGUCAUGUCCUCUCCACUGAUUAAAAACGUCCUUGUCAUCGGAGCGAGCGGCAAUGUAGGCAAAUCAACGAUCAAAGCCUUACAGGCAGAAGGCUUCAAGGUGACUGGACUCACGCGGGAGUCAUCUGAGGCCACCAUGCCCGCGGGCGUGCGACAUGUCAAAACCGACUACUCUGCAGCGUCUCUGCAAGAGAUCUUUCAGGGCCAAGAUGCAGUCAUCAGCACCAUCUCCAGCAUCACUCCUGGGGAUGUAUUUCCCCUACAGAAAUCCUUCAUCGACGUCGCCAUUGCAGUCAGAGUCAAGGUCUUCAUCCCAUCUGAAUAUGGCAUCGACACUUCAGACGGCUCUGCACCAGACUUCAUCCCGUUCCUGGUGGACAAGCGUCAGACAGUCGAGUACCUGAAGACGCAUGAAGACAAAAUCUCCUGGACUGCCGUGAUCACCGGAGGCAUGUUCGACUGGGGCUUGAAUAUCCCUGGUUUCGGGGGCUGGAAUCUACCUGCACGCACGGCCACCAUUUUUGACGGUGGAGAUAUCCCCUUUGAAGCUACCAAUCUUGACCAGGUUGGGAGGGCUAUCGCCAAGUGUCUGACGAAGCCUGAUCUUACCAAGAAUCAAUAUGUCUAUGUAAAUAGCUUCACCAUCACGCAGAAUCAGGUUUUGAUGUCACUUGAAACAAUCACCAAUCAGAAAUUCGUUUUAUCCCACGGCACCGUUGAUGGUCUGUGGACGGAUGGAGCGACCAAGUGGAAGGAAGGACAGCCGAUGGGCGUGCUGACCAUGAUUGCUGGGGCUGUCUAUGGAAAGGGGAAUCUGGCGCAGUUUUCAGUCAGAAAUGGAUUGUGGAAUGACAAGUUGGGCUUGCCGCAGGAGGAUCUGGAUGGUUUUCUGAGACGGUAUAUCACAGGGAGUGUCUAGAUGUAGUUAUAUCCAUUGAGCUAUAUUAGGCCAAUGCACUAUGGUCAUUUCACGGCUAGGAUUCUCCAUAAUGUUGAGUACAGGUUGUCUUAUACCUACAGGCUAGCCUUGAGCAUACCUCUAGAGAACCCAUCGCAAGCCAACAGCCGGCCAGCCUCUGCGUUCUGUGCUGCAAUCUUCUCCGGCGCUGAUUUACCCAGACGCUGGAUCUCUCUCCUCCCCAGCUGCUGCAAAUGUACUUCAUCCGGCCCAUCGACAAUGCGAAUCGUCCUUGCCGAUGCCCACAGACCCGGUAGGGGCGUGUCCUGGCA